AUGAACGUCCACGGAACUGCAGGUAGUGGGCAGUUUGGAAGCGCGUCCUUCUACUCGACGGCGCUCAAGACUCUCAUCUCCGUGUCGACCGUCAUCCUGCUCGGCCUCAUCGUCGCCUACCACGGGCUCGAAGUCCAGUUGUUCAUGAUCGACAACUGCGCGGACGACUGGCGCAUCGCGAUGACGUGGCAGCGCAUCACGCAGAUCAGCCUCGAGCUGGCCAUCUGCGCGGUGCACCCCAUCCCGGGCCAGUACUACUUCCUGUGGACGACCAAGCUGGCCAACCGCGGCGGCAACGUCGGCUCGUGCUGGGUGCCGUACGACGUGACGCUGUCGCUGCCCAUGUUCCUGCGCCUCUACCUCAUCUGCCGCGUCAUGCUGCUGCACAGCAAGCUCUUCACGGACGCCAGCUCGCGCUCCAUCGGCGCGCUCAACCGCAUCAACUUCAACACGCGCUUCGUGCUCAAGACGCUCAUGACCAUCUGCCCCGGCACCGUGCUGCUCGUCUUCAUGGUCUCGCUCUGGAUCAUCGCCAGUUGGACGCUGCGCCAGUGCGAGAGGUUCCAUGAUGAGGAGCACGCCAACCUCCUAAAUGCCAUGUGGCUCAUCGCCAUCACGUUCCUGAGCGUUGGCUUCGGAGAUAUCGUGCCUAACACAUACUGCGGGAGGGGCAUCGCUGUAACUACAGGCAUCAUGGGAGCAGGCUGCACUGCGCUUCUUGUGGCAGUGGUGUCCAGGAAACUGGAAUUAACUAGGGCAGAAAAGCACGUCCAUAAUUUUAUGAUGGACACGCAACUGACAAAAAGGCUGAAAAAUGCAGCAGCAAAUGUGCUGAGAGAAACGUGGCUCAUUUACAAGCAUACGAGGCUAGUAAAACGAGUCAACCCAGGACGUGUACGCACGCACCAGCGAAAGUUCCUCCUUGCCAUUUAUGCCUUGAGAAAAGUGAAGAUGGACCAACGAAAACUCAUGGAUAAUGCCAACACGAUAACUGAUAUGGCAAAGACACAAAACACUGUCUACGAGAUUGUAUCGGAUAUGAGUGGAAGGCAAGAUGCACUGGAGGAGCGUUUGUCCAAUUUGGAGGACAAACUGACAGCUAUCCAGGAGCAGUUGGAAUCGCUGCCCGAGACUCUAGCCCGGUGCCUCACACAGCACUCCGAACGGCAGGAACAACGACGCAACUUCCUCCACCCCGAGUCCGCACUCUCGGCACAGCCCGCGGCUGCCCCGGCCACCCCCCUCCUACUGGGGCCGGCACCGCUGUCACUACCACACUCGCGCAGUGUGCCCAACCCGUGGCCCCCGAGCCCUAUCGUACCUCCCAUCAGCAGCCGCACACCACACCUUGUGCCCACGCCGCCUGCACCGAGUGCCCCUUCGACCAGCUGAGAGGAUGACAACUCUCGUGUGCCUGUUUUCUUCCUAUUUGGUUCUCCUGAGAUUGCAAAUGAAAUUUAUUUGUGAUAUACAGUCUGCUCCUAAUGAAGCAAAUACUCAGCAAUGGUGAACUUACAAGCUACUCUCUGUGUUAAUUUUUCAAACGUAGUGUCACAUUAACAACUGGCCCUUAUCCUUAUUGCUGCAAACUUGCAGAACUUGUCAAGUGUCAUUAAUACAAAAUGUAUAUAUGUUUUAAGUUACAGCAAAUGAUAAUUACUUGUGAGAUAUUGAACUACCAUUUGUGCAGAUUA